UCCAAAGCCGCGAGGCACAGCUCGUGCUCCCGCCCCCUCUCCUCCCAAAAACGGAAGGGGCGAGCCCUCCUUUCCACCGCUCCCUUCUCUUUUUCCCUUCCGGGCAACGGCGCCCCGCCUCCACUCCUUGGCCGCUUGUGCUCGGAGGCAGAGCCGCUGACGCCGCAUCUGCACCUUGCUGCCCCACCUUGACCACGCCACGCAGUUGCUCCCGCGCCCCGCGUUCAAUUCGCACCGCCCGAUCCACCGCCCAAUGCAUCCGCGCCAUCCGCCAUUUCACGCCGCCCACGAAACCGCCGCACCGCCUUUGAGCGCCAGCCGAGCACCAUCUUCCUAUAAAAGCCCAACCCCCGCGCCCCCCUAUCUAUCCAUUUGGUCCCGUGCUCCUGGAAAUGAAGUGUCGUCGCCUCCUCGUCGCCGGCUGCCCCGCCACGACCAAGAACGCCACGCCGCCACCCAGUCCUUCCAUCCCCGCAUGCCUCCAUCUCCUCCCCGGCGCGCUCGCCUCGGCGUAAAGUUCGCCGCCAGGCGCCACCACUCGGCUGACGCAGUGCUGCCCCGUCGAGUCGCGUUCGCCGUCGCGAACACCAUCCUCCGCGGAGCCCGGCCGCCCUUCCCGCCGGCUUCCCGUCCUUCUCAUCAUCGAACCAUCGCCGCCGACGUCGUUCCCUCCCGUCGGUUUUUGAUUGUUUGCGCCUAGUUGCGGUUACCGGAUAUUUUUCUUCAAGUGGAAUUCUCGAAGAUUUGUGAAGCUUCGUGAAGACCCUGAGCAAGGCAAGCCACCUUUGAACAUCUUGAGCCUAUAUUUGAACUUAAUUAUAUUGCUUGAAAAAUAUUAUGCAUUGAUAGGAUUGCACUUAAUCUGCUUGCCCCGUCUGCGAGGCAGAUUGGCAAGUCUACCUAACUUGUUGCAUUUGAUCCUUCCAUUGUAAUUGUUAUAUCAUGUUCCCUUGUAACCAUCUAGUUGCGCCUCGAUAUUCGUGCACUCUGUGCGAGUAUCGACGGUCGCCUUCAAACUUAAAAUUUGAGUAACUUCUUGGGUAAAACUUGGUUUACAAAAGGAUUGGAAAACCCGACGCCUGAGUCAGUGCCUUGUGAAAGAAAAUGAGUUUUAAAAAUAAAACUCGCGACACAAGGCCAUUCCUAGGCGGAAUGCUUGUGUGGUAGCAUUUAAGGACCGAUUCCUUCGGAAUUACAUCCGAGCAUACAAUAGUGCGACCACACGGGUGGAAUGGGACACCCCUGGCUGAGUAAAUUGCUAAGCGGGGGAGCCUUGAUGCCGAGAGACAUGUGGAUUCAACAGGGUGGUGUUGGGGAGAACCCCCGGGCUUCCUGGCACAGUAUGGUCUGGGAUCUAACCUGUUGUUGGUCUGGGACCCCUCUCGUCGGCAUAUGGCAACCUUGUGUCGGCCUUCGAAAUGCCUUGUCAUGAAAGCCUUAAGGUCUCCAGAUGUGGCCGUUCUGCACGGGCUGAGUGAUCCGGGUUAGUAAUGUCGUGUGGGUAAAGUGUACCCCCUCUGCAGAGGUUAACAAACUGUUCGAACAGCCGUGCCCACGGUCAUGGGCGGAUGUGAGGUGAUUCCUUAGCGUAGUUUUUGUUUUACCCAGCUUUGUGAAAAUGUGUUAAGGUUCAGGAAACCUGAUGCUUGGAAAGCAUUUGGCUGUCCGGGUGACAGCGGGACUGGGAGUCCCUAGAAGUGAAUGGUCGUUUGGGGACCACUAUUAUCGGGAUGUUUGGAAAAAAAAAUUGGUUUGGUUUGGGAAACCAGCCUUGGAACCAACUCUGGGAGUUGUGUAAAUCUUGAUAAAAUUUUGGUCACUAGUCACCUCCCGACCGAGCUGAGACUUGUCUCGCUCUGGUCGCGGAGAGCACACACUUAGAUUAUUAAAAUGCUUGCAAACAAAACCGAUUGCAAAAUAACAGCCUUAUCUUUGAAGCUUGCAUUAACCACCUAAGUUCCCAUGGCUUGCUGAGUACUCCUGUACUCACCCUUGCUCUAUAUAAAUAUAUAGUUCUGCCAGCUCUGAAGAUGAAGUUGAAGUGAAGUAAAGAUUAGGAUUUCGUCCUAGUUCCCUGUUGUUGCCUAUGGUGUUGGGUGUUAGACCGUUGGUUCCGCUGCUGCCGCUGUUGUUGGUGUUUGCCUCGUCCGUGUCGUCGGUUGCAUUCUCGGGCUGUCUGAGCUGCAACCUAAGUUAAGGUAAAUAAGUCCUCUAUUUAUUUUAAGGAUUGCAAUGAUUCAUAUUUAUCACCGCGGGUACCAGCGCUACAUCCUGGGACUGGUACUGAGAUCGCGGUUUCGUAGGAAGCGGCUCGCGCUGUUUUUCCUACGACACGCUCAUAUCAGAUGCCGUUGUACGGCGGUGCCGGAUUGGGGUGUGACAUUAUAUACCACAAUUGCAAACAAGAUUUAUGAGUAGUAGUAUUAUAUUUGAAAAAAGAAGAUGAUUGUUGGUUGUCUCAGUAGCUUUUCCUCGUGCCACAACCAAGUAAUGUGUGCCUUGCUUGCUAGUGCCUAGUUGGAUGUUUUGGCUUGCAUUGGAACCAAUAGAUCGAGUAAUUAAGCAUGUGCUUAUGUCUUGCUGUAUGACUAAGCUCGGGCGCAUGCUUGUACUGGCCGGGCCUUGGCUCUGCCACUGGUCGAAGAAUCCGCCACGGCGUCUAAACCAUAACCUUGCUUUACCCCGCCUGCUCACCGCCCUCCUCCAUCCCUGUGGCUCUGGCGCCGCUGUCGGCGCCUCACCGUCAACCGUAGGGUCACCGCCUCCCACAACCAUCCUUCUAAGCCCAACAAUCUCCCCUUUCUUUCCCCUCUGUCCUCGCUCCUCUCACCCCCCAUCUCAACCUAGGACCAUAAUUCAUACAAUAGAGAUAGACACAUUUCUUUUCAGGGGAAAAAACGUCUCUUGAAAUAAAAAAAAUUAUGCACCUGCACAGCAGCACAAGCAAGCCAAAUUAAUUUGUGGACCAAUUUACUUCCUCCGUUCCCAUUUUUAGCUAUAAAUCUGGACAACUAUGUGCCCAGAUUCAUAAUCAAAAGUUGCUAUAUUUUGGGAUGGAGGCAGUAGGACUUUAUCAAUAACCAAAUUACUCACGACACUUUGCAUGUGCAAUUUUAGGUCAGGGGUAAAUAUAUUGGGGCCAUCAAUUAAUUUAUGGAGCCUGAAAUGGAACAGUUUAAAUCCAUGUUCAACCGCGGAAAGGCCACAGCCCCCUUCUUGGGUGAUUAGUAAGGUCGAAGGCAACGCGACUUUUCUAAUCCCCACACACCCGCCUGAAAAUAACGCGCGCGGGGCUGUGGCUGUGGUGUUAUUUGCUUGUUCGCUUCGGGAGCACCAGCUCAUCGCAAGCGACCGCCAUGGCUUUCCUCACGCUUCUCUCCCGCGCUCUGAUCUCGCCGCCGCCGCCGCCUCCUUAUAUAGCCGCGUUGCUCGUGUGUUUCUCGGCACGCGCUCAACCCACAGCUGCCACGAUCGAACACACGUGCGCUCAGAUCGAGCUGAUGAUACUAGCUAGCUAGCUAGCUAGCUAUAGCUAGAUAGGCAUGUCGUCGUCAACUAUAUAGGUGCGCCUAGCUUGCUAGCUGCUGCCCUAGCUGAAGCCGAUCGAUCAAAUGUCUGACCACGGGCCGCCGCCGCCGCGGUCGUCGGGGAAGCACCCCUUCUACCGAGGGAUCAGGAGCCGGAGCGGCAAGUGGGUGUCGGAGAUCCGGGAGCCGCGGAAGGCUCGCCGCAUCUGGCUCGGCACGUUCCCGACGGCCGAGAUGGCCGCCGUCGCCUACGACGUGGCGGCGCGCGCGCUGCGUGGGCCCGACGCGGCGCUCAACUUCCCCGAUCUGGCCGCCUCGCGCACCGCGCCACCCGCGUCCAGCUCAGCGGACGACAUCCGCGCAGCGGCUGCCGCCGCGGCCGCCUCGCUGCAGCACGACCGUGCCGGCGGCGGCAUUGCCCCUGCCGCCUCUGGAUCAGCGCACCAGCAGCGCGGCGGGAGCAGUGCCGCCGCGCGCACCACGGCGGGCAGCGGCGGCGCGCAGCAGGAAGGCAGCAGCGGCGCCGGCGCCGGGAGCCACCAGUAUUUCUUGGACGAGGAGGCCCUCUUCGAGACGCCGCAGUUCCUGCGGAACAUGGCCGCCGGGAUGAUGAUGAGCCCCCCGAGGCUCAGCCCCAGCUCCUCCGACGAUUCGCCGGACCCGUCGGAGGCCGGGGGCAGCCUCUGGAGCUACCGUGACCCAUAGAUAACAAUCCCUCCAUGCAUGGUAACGGCUGGCGAUGAACUGAGAUCGAUGACGGUAAUAAUUAAUUAACUACUACUCUUGAUGCA